AUGCCGUCGUCAAUGACAAUUGACACCAUUUCAAGUUACCAUCUGCGGAAAGACACUCUGCUCGAGUACCUUUGCAAUAUUUUUCCUAGCCAUAGCCGCUAUAUCACCGCAGAAGCUGAGCGAUCUCAUAUCAUCACCAAUCUUCGGGAGCUUGAUGAGGACCAAAGCGAGACGCAAGUGAUCGCCCAGAAUGAUCUUGCAGCUGCAGGACCUACAGACGCAUUUCUGGAAUUCAUCGAGCGAAAGAGAAGUGAAUACAAAGGAAGAAACGGAUAUGGCAAGGAGCAGCAUUAUUUGCCCCGCUCCGAGCUCUUCACCUACUGGACCAUUGCCAGAAUCCGGGAUGUUUGUGAGAGUUACUCUGAAGAUAUGUCCAUCAGAUGUGAGCUUAUCAAGCACCGCUACCUCUGCGUAUUUUCAACUCUAGUCUACAUUGGACAGUUGUCAUUCCUUCCUGCCUUCAAGCGAUUCGACCUCACUGAUAACAAGUUUCCGGUCAACACUGUACCUGGUGUUUUGGAGAAAUCGGAACCUUACAUCGCAAUGUUCAACAGCUUUCAGAAGAACCACUGGAUGUUCUUUCCUGUGGUACUUGACCGAGAUAGCCUCGACGAUACCUUGUUACCACCCGAGCGAAUAUUACCGCUAUGCUUCGAGGAGACUAUUCGACCCAGGGCAGGGAAUGACAGAGCCGCCUUCACCAGGGUCUGUUUCCAUCCGUCGUGUAACAACUUGAUCAAGGGUGACGAUGUAGCAGAAAAUCCAGCCUAUAUGCUUAAAACCUAUCAUGGCGAACAGCACGAGCAAGACUAUCAGCACGAAGUUCAAGCAUUUGCGCGGCUCCUCCCCAACGUUUCAUCCACCGAGAACGUCAUCAAGUGCUACGCCAGCUUUAGACACGGGGCAACAUACAAUCUCGUCAUGGAAUGGAUACCAGGGGGAGACCUUCUCGGAUACUUCCGAAACACAAGUCCGCCAAGAACUGCUGAAGAGAUUAUAGACUUCUGGGAUAGUCUCUCAAAGUUGACCGUUGGUCUGCGUCGUAUCCACCAAGUUGUUGUUUCCGGUGAGCGUUCAGACCAAUAUCAAGUGCCAUACCAGUUCUUACCAAUCAUCGCCGACUUUGGGCAUAGUCACACAAGACACAUCAAAGACGACGCCUUCGAUGGUCCAGCUAUCGACCGUAGAGGCAAUCAAAUGUACUGCGCUCCUGAGUCCAGCCACCAUUCGGGGAGAUCGACAGGCUCAAACCGAAUUAGGUCGGACGCAGACAUCUUUUCGGCCGGAGCCUUGCUAAGUGAUGCCGCAUCCUGGGUCGCAAAUGGCCAGGAUGGUAGGGAAGAAUACUUACGUCGCCGCCAACAUGAACUUGUCAACACCGAGGGUUUUCUAAAUAGUGGGUACGAAGCCGGGUUCCACAAUGGUUCUAAGCGGCUCUCUUGUGUGGAUGAAAUGCAUCGCGAUAUUCGCAGCCGUCUUCCAUCCUGUGACAAUAUGACACCUCGUGUGCUGGAUGUCAUUGAGAAGCACAUGAUGGUUCCACAAAAUGAGCGUUUACCAGCCGUGAAUCUCUGCGGAAUGUUCGAGCAGCAUGUCUGGAACGCGAAAAGAGAGCUCUCCAAUGAUGGCGGCGACAUCAGCGAUAUCGAAAGUGUUCUAUCUGCUGUGUUUUCGGAGGCCUCAAUUAACUCAUCAAUUUCCUCUCAAGACUACGUGGCUUUGCUGGCAGUGUCAGAGUUGGCCACUUUUCUGGUAAGUCAUGAGGAGCUGAAGUCUCUCAUGGGGAGUGCACUGUCGAAAGUCGGGUCGGGACGAUUUGUGAGGAACGUUUCUCGACUUUUGAAGAAGUACGGUCACAACCUCAAAUCAGAAGCAUCUACUGCGCUUCAACAUCAGACCGCCACAUUCGUUCGACACUCAGCGCGCCAGGCAGCUGUCGACUUGGAAAUUUUAUUGAGAAGGCCUAACUCAAAUGUGCCUUUGGUUCAGAGUCAGGACGCUCAAGCAGCCGUUUCAGACCGCGUGGAUAAAUGGAUAGAGUCACAAGGCUUAUCUUCUGUCGAAACCCCCAUUUCCAAUCCUAUUGACGAUCCUGAAGAAGGAUUCAGUCAGUCAGACUCAGACGAUUCAGAUCUUAAUGAACCUCCUCCAGCUACCGCUUUGGAGGCAGUGAAGGACUUCUUAUCGUCCUCACGAGCUCUACCAAACUUACACAACAAUCUGCGGGAAUGGCUGGGCUCCAACCAGCCAAACACGAAGAACGAGAUGCCUGAAAAAGAUAAUUUCCAGGAAUUGACCAGGUGGCAAAGAUUACGUAUCUGGGCAUUGAGUAUCUGGUCCCCUCCCCCAGUAGGAUUUCACAGAAUACCAUAUAUCUGCAGCGUAAGCCCUACGCUGGUUGGAGAUGCAACUUGCACAAGUGCGGCAGCAACGACGGGAGUCUCGUUCAAUGCUAUUACUAGCACCACGCAAGUUCAGUCUCCUCAGUAUGUUCUGCUAUGCGUCAAUGGGAAGACUUUACCUGAGCUUCAUCACAUUGAUGUUAUGAGAGAACGUCGAUAUCUGUAUCAACCUACUGAAGAGCAUGACCUCGACGUUGUAAUCCCCCUUGACCAUCUCCUUCAAGAUGGUGUCCAUACCGACCAAUAUUGGAUCAAAGAAUUCCCUAAAAAGCUUAAUGGUUAUUUGAUACGCCAAGCAAAUGACGAGUUGAACGUCGAUGGCUGGGGUGUUCAGAUCAACGACAGGCUAAGCACGCAAUUCAUCAUGUUGUGGAUACUCCUUAUGGUCAUCGUUAUCGGGUUGAGCACCAUGGUAUAUGCUCUUGCCACGGCUGACAAUUCUGCUGCGUUUGGGUUGGGGUCAUUCUUGGCAGCAUUGUCUACUAUCUACGCUACCUACCAGUAUUUCUCGUGGAAGGAGGAUCUUUCAUAG